UGAGCCCGUGACUGUAGUGACCCCGAUAAUCGGCCGACACCAGAAGAUCGGCAAGUGCUUCUGCGUGCCCCCUCUUGGUCCCUACCGCCUCCAUACACCGCACCACAUAACUGUGCAACUCCUCCCGGGCGACCACGCCUUGUCCUUGAGACGUCAUCUUUCUAAGUGGUGUUAGGAUUGAAGCAAACCCGUCCUGUAUCACUCCGGGACGUUGUAGGGUCAAAAGGGAAAUGGCGGGGAUGGACGAGGUUGUCGUGAGUAUGGCCGAGCUGGACCGCUAUGUUGUCAGCUGUAUGAUGGCCAGCGGGGCAACCGAGGAGAGCGCACGAGUUAUGUCUGACCUUCUUGUUACUGCAGAUUACCGUGGACACUACAGCCACGGACUCAACCGAAUAGAUGUUUACACGUCAGAAGUCCAGAACGGGGUCGCGUGUGGAGGAGGAAAGGAGCCAACUGUUGUCAAGGAAACCGUAGCUACAGCACUUAUCGAUGGCAACAAUUUAUUGGGCCCCGUAGUAGGGAAGUACGCGAUGGACGUGGCUAUCCAGAAGGCUAAAAAUGCUGGUGUUGGAAUCGUUACUGUCAGAGGUUCAAAUCAUUACGGGAUAGCUGGCUGGUACAGCCUCCGGGCAACAGAACAAGGUCUUCUGGGUAUGUCAAUGACGAAUUCCUCAUCGGUGACAAUUCCAACCCGAUCCAAAACCAGAUCUCUUGGCACAAACCCUAUUAGCUUUGCGGCCCUUGGGAAGGACGGGGACAGUUUCGCUCUAGACAUGGCCACAUCCAGUGUGGCCUGGGGUAAGGUUGAACUGAAGCAGAGGAAGGGUGAGACCUUACCUAACGGCUGGGCUACCGACAAAGACGGCCACGAAACACUUGAUCCGUCUAAUGUGGCCGGAUUGCUGCCACUAGGAGGACUAGAGGAGAACAGUGGUUACAAAGGUUACGGUCUGGCGAUGAUGGUAGAAGUUCUCACCAGUGUGUUGUCAGGGGCAGAGAUGUGUUCAUUUGUUAGGAAAUGGAAAACAUAUGAAAAACCGGCAAACCUUGGUCACUGUUUUAUGGCCAUAGAUCCUGAAGCUUUUGCAGACGGAUUCACCGACAGAAUGCAGAACCUAAUGGACCAUAAUCGUAACCUUGAGCCGGUGGAUGGCGAGCGAAAAGUCCUUGUUGCCGGAGAUCCAGAGCGACAACACAUGGCACUAUGUGAUAAGUUGAAGGGCAUUCCCUACCAUCCGAAUCAGAUAAAAUUUUUGGAUGGAAUUGCAAAGCAGCUUGGCGUGAGCACUCUGGAACAUGCAUCAAGUUUCACCCAGUUGGCCUUGUUGCGCCUAGAAAGGUCAGGUUCAUCUGCAACCCUUGAUGGUUGGCAGAGCCAAACCGGAUUGCAUUCGCUCAGCAAGGCGACGGUCCCUCAAGUCCCUCUCUGCAGCAUGGAGGAGACGGGCGAGAUCGUCGUGAGUAUGGCCGAGCUGGACCGAUUUGUUGUCAGCUGUAUGAUGGCUAGCGGGGCAACCGAGGAGAGCGCACGGGUUAUGUCUGACCUGCUCGUUACCGCGGAUUACCGUGGACACUACACUCAUGGACUAUGUCGUACAGAUGCGUACACGGCAGACGUAAAGAAUGGAGUUACCUGUGGAGGAGGAAAGGAGCCGACUAUUAUCAAAGAAACCGUGGCAACAGCACUUAUCGAUGGCAACAAUUUAUUGGGACCGGUAGUAGGAAAAUAUGCAAUGGACGUGGCUAUCCAGAAGGCUAAAACGGCCGGUGUUGGCAUCGUCACUGUCAGAGGUUCCAACCAUUUUGGGAUAGCUGGCUGGUAUAGUCUCCGAGCAACAGAGCAAGGCCUUUUGGGUAUAUCAAUGACGAAUUCCAGCAAAGUAAUGAUACCUACACGGGCAAAAUCAAGGUCUCUUGGCACGAAUCCCAUCAGCAUGGCAGCCCCUGGUAAGGAUAGAGACACCUUCGCACUGGACAUGGCUUGCACCACUGUAGCAUGGGGAAAGCUUGAAAUGAAGGCGAUGAAAGGUGAGGAGCUGCCGAGCGGAUGGGGUUUAGAUAAAGAUGGAAAGGACACGUGUGAUAUGUCAGCUGUGGGAGGAUUGCAGCCAUUAGGAGGUCCUGAAGAGAGCAGUGGUUACAAAGGUUACGGCCUGGCGAUGAUGAUAGAAGUUCUCACCAGUGUGUUGUCAGGGGCAGAGAUGAGUGCGUUUGUUAGGAAAUGGAAAAGAUAUGAUAGACCGGCAAACCUUGGUCAAUGUUUCCUAGCCAUAGAUCCUGCAGCAUUUGCAGACGGUUUCACGGAAAGAAUGCAGAGCCUAAUGGACCACAAUCGGAAUCUCGAACCGAUGGAACCUGAACGGAAUGUUUUGGUGGCGGGAGAUCCAGAGCGACAACACAUGGCACUGUGUGAUGAGUUAAAGGGCAUUCCGUACCACCCGAACCAGAUGAAAUUUUUGGAUGAAAUCGCAAAACGUCUAGGCGUGGAACCUUUAAAACACUGA